GGACAGAGGAACCAAAGGCCAAAUUUCCACUUUUAUUUCAACUGUUAGCCAGAAGAAAGAAGCUGCUGAAAACAGAAGUUCACCAACACAUUUUGUUCUCCCUAACAUCAAGAAUGUGAGAGACCUACCACCUGUUUGCCUUGAUGUUAGACAGAAGCAGCGCAUCUCUGUAGAUGCGUUAUCAUCCGAAAUGAAGGCUUCAGCUCCUCCAGAAUCUACCUUUCCCAUGCAGCCCAAAACUAUGAAAGACUUUCAGGAAGAUGUAGAAAAGGUUAAGUCAUCAGGAGAUUGGAAAGCAGUACAUGAUUUUUAUCUAACAGCAUUUGAUUCUUUCCCCGAACUAAAUAUCGCAUUUAAGAAAGAUGCUGCUGCCUCAUUUAAUACCAUUGAAGACUCUGGGAUUAAUGCUAAAUUUGUGAAUGCUGUAUAUGAUACUUUACUUAAUACUCCUCAAGACAUUCAGAAGACGGUAUUAAAAGGGAUCAUUAACAGCUUGUUAAGAGAAUGGAAAGGUCCACGAACAAAAGAUGAUCUUAGAGCAUAUUUUAUACUGUUACAGAAUCCUCAAUUUAAUAACACAUCUACGUACGUCAUCUAUGCUCACUUGCUACGACAGAUAGCUACCUUAGUGGAAGCUGACCACCAUUUCCUAGUUCACUGGCUUAAAAAAUUAUCCCAGAAGAGGUUCAAACAAUUGGUAGAAAGAUUGCUGCAAUUUAUUUCUUUACGCCUGUUUCCUGCAAAGCCUGAAGAAUUUCCGCCUAUAACAAAGUGUUCCUGGUGGAUCCCAUCAGCAUCUAAAGUGUUGGCUUUACUUAAUACGGCAAACAGUUUGGUUCACCCUUCCCUUAUUUCUUAUACUGAUUUCUAUAAUUCUACAUUGGAUCAUAUUGAUCUCAUGGAGGAAUAUCAUACCUGGCAGAGCUUUGGAAACUCUCACAGGUUUUCCUUCUGCCAGUACCCAUUCGUUAUUUCUAUAGCUGCAAAAAAAAUCAUUAUUCAAAGGGACUCAGAACAACAGAUGAUAAGCAUCGCAAGGCAAAGUCUGGUGGAUAAAGUAUCUCGAAGACAGAGACCUGAUAUGAAUAUGUUAUUUCUAAAUAUGAAAGUAAGGCGGACACAUCUGGUUAGCGAUUCACUUGAUGAGUUAACCCGGAAAAGAGCAGACUUGAAAAAGAAAUUGAAAGUUACGUUUGUAGGGGAGGCUGGUUUGGAUAUGGGUGGAUUGACUAAAGAAUGGUUCCUUCUUCUAAUUCGCCAAAUUUUCCAUCCAGAUUAUGGCAUGUUUACAUACCACAAGGAUUCACACUGCCAUUGGUUUAGCAGCUUUAAAUGUGAUAACUAUUCUGAAUUCCGAUUGGUUGGAAUUCUUAUGGGACUAGCUGUUUAUAACAGCAUCACCUUGGAUAUUCGUUUCCCUCCCUGCUGCUACAAGAAAUUAUUGAGCCCUCCUGUUGUUCCUAGUGAUCAAAAUACACCAGUCGGCAUCUGCAGUGUUACCAUUGAUGACUUAUGUCAGAUUAUGCCUGAAUUGGCCCAUGGAUUAAGCGAACUCUUAUCAUAUGAAGGCAAUGUUGAAGAAGAUUUCUAUUCAACAUUCCAGGUUUUUCAAGAAGAAUUUGGAAUAAUUAAGUCAUACAAUUUAAAGCCAGGAGGUGACAGAAUUCCAGUUACCAAUCAAAAUAGGAAAGAAUAUGUACAGCUUUACGUUGACUUCCUUCUCAACAAAUCCACCUAUAAGCAAUUUGCUGCGUUUUAUUAUGGAUUCCAUAGUGUGUGUGCUUCGAAUGCCCUAAUGCUGCUUCGUCCAGAAGAGGUUGAAAUUCUGGUCUGUGGAAGUCCUGAACUGGAUAUGUACGCUCUGCAGAGAAGUACUCAGUAUGAUGGCUACGCAAAAACUGAUUUAACUAUAAGAUACUUUUGGGAUGUUGUGCUUGGAUUUCCUCUUGAUCUUCAAAAGAAGUUGCUACAUUUUACGACAGGAAGUGAUAGAGUACCUGUGGGAGGGAUGGCUGAUUUGAACUUCAAAAUCUCAAAGAAUGAAACUUCAACUAACUGGUUACCUGUGGCCCACACCUGCUUCAAUCAACUUUGCCUGCCCCCCUACAAGAGCAAAAAAGACCUGAAACAGAAAUUGAUUAUUGGAAUUUCAAAUGCAGAAGGUUUUGGACUUGAGUAAACUAGAAGACUUGAAAUACAAUACUUUUUAUAUGUAGCAUUCACUUCCCUCUUAUUGUGCCUUUAACCUUUUCAUGUUUCUGUCUCAGACACCUUGACAAAGCUCACCAACUUUAAAAUACUGAUUUUCUAAAAUCAAAUAUGAAGUAUUUCCAUGAAAGCAUGAUUUUCUAAAAACACAGAAAUUGCUUGACUGAGGAAAAGACCAGAUGGCAAAGAUACACGUGGGUCAGGCCCUCUUUUUACAGCACUUUCCCAUUCCCCGGCAGCAGCUUGUCACAGGUGUUCCACUGGGAGGGCAAAGCGCAGUGCAGAGUGGAGUAGUGCCCAGUGGCAGACGGUGCGCUGCUAGCACACAGUAGCAAAGCAGAGUGCUCUGUUACCGUUCAUAGGAGGCAUGUAGCCAUAUUUUCAUACAGAGGUAAGCAACAGUAUAAUUGCAAAUGCAAUUUACAGGGUUUUUUGAUAUACUGGCUUUGGUCCUACAAGAUUCUUUUAACUAUUGCUGAAAAGCAUGUAAAUAACUACCUAAUAGCCUGAGGUCAUGGGAUUUUGAUAGUGCCAUUUAUUGCAAAAGAUCUAUUUUUACAAAGUAAAUUCAGAGUUUUAGAUGUGUAUACAGCUUUUACAAAUCAAUAAAGAUGAUUGUACAAGAGUGUAACUAUUUUCAGACUAAUUGGAUUCAAGGUUAUAUUCUUUUAAAUAUCAUUGUUAGUCUGCAUGCAUAUUGGCAGUAAGCUAGUUCCUUUGAGUACUCUGUUAUAUUUGUAUAAUGAUCUUUUCUUCCUAAGGGUCACAUUAUUAGAAGAAAAACACAGAUCUAACUAAUCACUGAUGAGUUAAGUCAAUUACAAGCACAAAAGAACAGUUUAUAUAUAUAUCUCUAUAUAUAUAUAUAUUUUGAUUGAUGUACAGAACUUAUUUCUAAUAUUUUUUGAUCACCACUUGUACUGAAACACUAAUUUAUGGAAAAGGUAGGAUAAGAUAUUUGACAAAAGUGAAUAUAAUAAUAACAUUUGUGUCAAAAUGAUGUAGUUUGGUGAAAAUGAAGUUCAGCGUUUUGGCGAAAAUGUUUGUUUUUCACUGGAUUCUGAACAUUUUAAAUUCAAUAGUACCCUUUUUUGAGUGUUCUAAUAAAGUAGCAUGUCAAAAGAAACUCUAUAAUAAAGUCUGACAGUAAAUGGCUUUUUCUCUUAAUUAACAGUCGAUGAAGCAGUGUUACUAGCAUGUUACAGAUGUUUCCAAUUCAAGACUUCUCUAUUACACUCUGAUAGCUUUCCUUCAGAAACUCUGAAGUUAUAGUUGCAAUAAUAAUGACGCCAGCAUUUAGUACCAGCAUAUGGUUCACAUGCAAAUAAUACCUUCCCAGUGUUUUUUCUGAGUUAGGCUAUUUUCUUGUUGCUUUGCUUCCUGCACCCAACCAGCAGAAUCCUUCAAGGGUGGAGGAGCUAGUCAGCUUGUUCUCCUGUAGUCGGGAGGCCAACUCACAAAUCUUUGUGGAAAUGGAGCUACUUUCUACUGUUCUCUUUGAAAUGGAAGUGGCUCUGCUUUUCCUUUUGGGUAUACUACUUAAAGGGUUUUUAUUCUUAAAAAUCUUGGAAAGCCUGAGAGUUAAAGGCAUAUUGAUUUGGUUUGGUUUUGCUGUUUUCAAUCCAUAGGCAAAAUAAAACUGCUUCUCACAGUGCUUGAACUAGAAAGUAAGAUGUUUAAUGUAGGUUAAUUUUAACUAAUAAGCACAAAAGAAUUAUGUAUAGGAAACCAGAUUUAAGUGUUUUAAGUGAUAUGUAAACACAGUUUUUAUUUGGUAGUAAUGACUCAUGGAAAAUUGUAUUGGCUUGGUCUGCAUGUUUAAUGAUGUGCUUGUAUAUUGAUAGCUGUGCCACUUUUAAAUAAAAAUACACAAGCAAGCCAAAUUUUUUAAUGACAAAGUUCAUAAAUAACUGAAAAUUUUUUGUUGUCUGUUUUUAUUAAGUUGAAAUGUAUAAACCAUAUAUCACUAAAUUGCACAUUGCCUUUAUUUAUUUAUGCUCUGUUUUUGGUUUACAGUGUAAUAAUACCUCAUUUUUUAAAAAGAAAAAAAACAAACGUUAUAUUUCAUUAACUUAAACAGCCUAGAAAAUUCAUAUAGUUACUUUUUAAAUGUAAUCUGUUAAUGAAUUCUUGAUUUUUGUAUCUGCCACAGUAAAUUAAAGCAUUGCACAGUAUUUAUCAGUAUUUACAAAUGUCCUUUUUUAAUCUUUGCUUAAUCAUAUUUUUGUCUGUAUGAUCAAUCAGAUGAUUUUAACAGUCCCUCUUUUUGUACAAAUCUGUAUUAUAUUAAGUUGUAAAUUUCUGGAUAAAAUUUUUCAAAUAUUAAAGUUAUGCAGGCUUCAGUCAGCUUCAUUUCAUCUUUUGAACACUAGACAAUUCAUUGAAACCAUGUUUAAAAU